AUGAGUGAAUUAAGUCAAGAGGAGAUUAGAAGACGACGGUUAGCAAGGCUAGCAGCUCUUGGAGGAACAGGUCCCUCACCAGCUCCUAUAAGCCCUCCAGUCACACCCAGUGCCUCUGUUCCAUCAGACGUCUUAAAUACACAAUCUACACGUCUAUCACCCACAUCCUUGCCAAGAAGCUCUACAGAAAAUACACCAGACACAAAUACAGGACAAAAUUAUUCUGAGAAUAAAAAUGGAGUAUCAGAUCAAUCGAAAAUAUCAGCAGAUGGUUUAAUAGUUACCGAAAAGACAGAUAAUAACUUAUUAGAUGAGAUGCCUGAUACCAAAAUGACAGAUUUAUCUCAAACAAGACAAUAUAACAGCUUUGAUUCAAUGGGUGAUGACACUUUAUUAAGCUGUGGAUCUGUUAGAGUGGGGGCAUUACCACAGUCUACUGUAAGUGGAUCUGAAGGAGUCUCCAUUAGAGAAGACAGUACUUCUAGGUCAAUAUCUCCACCCCAAUUUGUUGAACCACCACCUGUCAGGCCAAGGAUAAGCAAUGCUUCUCCAAGCUGCUCUAGACGCUCUUUAUCAAUGGAAGUAGAUGAUGUUUCGGAAAGAAAUUCACAGUCAGAAAAUCAACAAGAGCCAAUGGAGGUAGAAGAAAAUGAUAAUCUUCAAUCACCAUCUCAUACAGUUAAAUUUACUGAGCUGACAGAAGAACAGUUAAGAAUUAUUGUAGGCAAAAUGUUACAAGUUACCUGGUCUGAAGAAAGUUCUGGGGGAAUUUUUGUACCAUCUGUAGCUGCAGCAUUACUUGAUAAUCCUAAGCUAUCCAUAGACGAAUUAGCAUCAGAAGCUUUAAUGGAUGUAAUGUUGCAAAUAGUCGAUGGAUCAGACCCUUUAAAUCACAAAGCACUAGUUGUACUCCUUAUGAAGCAAUCAAUGAAAGAAUUGAGCGAAGAGUGUGUUGAUGAUCUCUUUGCAAAAGACCCAAAUCAUUUGGAUAUGGAGACUGAAGAGGGAGAAUGUCCAUCACCACUUCUACCUUUACCAAAAGACAUUACUAAUCAAGCAUUAGCUGUGAGCUAUUUACUAAAAUUCUACUACAAUGUUAAUGUUUAUGAAAGAGAUAACCCAAAAAAAAGUUCAGUGCCACCAUUGAGUGAUUUGAUUUUAAGUAUGCAAUCUUUAAUAGUUGAUCACUUAGUCUUAGUGUUGAGAAGGAAAUUUGACUUGCAAAAAAGUAGAAAGUCACCACUUCUUCCAUAUCUUAUGACUGGAAAUACGCCAACUGGUCUCAUUCCUGAAAUACUAUUAAACACAUAUGAGGAUCAAGAAGCUCUGGAUGAGGUAUUUGUGCCAUUACUAAUGGGUAUACGUGAAGAGAUGCGUCGACGUGUGUCACCUCUUGUAAGUCGGGGUGAGAGCGCAGCCAUAAGGGCGCUCCGGUCCCUGUGUGAACUGAGGGAUGGACCAAGACAUUCUGCCAGACCGAUCUGUGCGCUCAUAGCUCGUCUUCCCAGUCUAUGUCCAGAGUCAGUCACCACUGCACCAGGACGGGAAAUUGCUAGAGUCAGCUUCCUUGGACCUUUCUUUGCUAUGUCAUUAUUCGCCGAAGAGAACCCGCUUUUCGCUGAACGAAUGUUUGCAACGGGAACGGAUCAAAGCCUUGCAUUUGCGCUACAGAGGGAAGUUGAAGCCAGUCGAAACACAUUGCACAGCAUAUGCCAUAAUAUCCUUUUGUGUCCCGAAGCAAGAGAACCAUUCCUGAUGUACUUUGCGGCUUUGCUGCAGAGGAAUGAGAGAAGAGCACGGUUGCUGACGGAUGAGAGAUCGCUGGCUGGUGAUGGUUUCAUGUUGAACGUGUGUUCGGUACUUCAAUUGCUAUCCGUUCGGAUCAAGCUAGAAGAGAGGGUGUACCCGCUAUACACCUUUCAACCGGGCACAUGGCUAAAUAUACGUGAUGAGACGAGGCUGUUCUUCACCAAUCAGGAGGCACAGGAUUGGCUGGAUGCGCUUAAUAAUGACCCAAGCCAUUCCUGGCCUGAAGCAAAAUUCCAGACAAUUUGCUGGUUCCUCACACUUCACAUGCAUCAUGUCGCUCUUAUACCCGCCUUGCACACGCAUCAGAGAAGAAUCCGCGCAUUCCGUGAUCUACAAAAGGUGAUUGAAGAAUUAAUGGCCGCCGAACCACAAUGGCGGAACAGUUUCACGGCAGUACGGAAUAGGGAAUUACUUCGUCGGUGGAAACGUCAGAUAAAAAGACUACAUAGGUCAAAACAGUGCGCUGAAACAGCGCUUUUAGACCCGGAGUUAAUGCGUCGUGGGGUACAAUUCUAUUCGUCUGUAUGUGCGUUACUCGUGAAGCAAUUGGAUGCAGCUCGCGAUGCACCGGACGCGCCUUUUUCGUCGCCUGCGCACGCCUUUAAAGCCACGCCCGAGUGGUACGUCGAAGAUGUCGCGGAGUUCAUGCUAUUUGCCGUUCAAUACGUCCCACAAAUCGUGGCAUAUUACAUAGAGGACCCGAUCAUUACCUGGCUCUUGAGCGCCAUCUGCAAUUCUCACCUUAUAAAAAACCCGUAUCUCGUCGCUAAAAUAGUGGAAGUUCUUUUCGUGAUAAAUCUGUCGAUACCGAUGAAAUUGAAGAAUGUGUACGAGAAAUUCAUGGAUCACCCGAUGUCACAAACGGCAUUGCCGAGUGCGUUGAUGAAAUUUUACACGGACAUUGAAACGACGGGACAAAGUACAGAGUUCUACGAUAAGUUCACGAUACGAUUCCAUAUCAGCAUUAUUUUGAAGGGCAUGUGGGAGCGGCCGAUUCAUAAACAAGCAAUAGUGAAGGAAUCACGGUCGGGUCAUCAAUUCGUGAAGUUUAUCAAUAUGCUUAUGAACGAUACUACAUUCUUAUUAGACGAAUGCUUAACGUACUUGAAACGUAUACACGAAGCACAAGAUGCGGAGACAGCUGGAACGGGAAGCGAAUCGCGGACGCGUACGCUUGCGCAGGACGAAAGACAAUGUCGCUCAUAUCUUACUCUAGCUAGGGAGACAGUGGACAUGUUAGAAUAUUUAACUGUGGAGAUCAAGGAGCCAUUCCUUCGUGCUGAGUUGGUUGAGCGGCUUGCCACGAUGCUUAACUUCAAUCUUCAGCAACUCUGCGGACCUAAAUGCAAUAAUCUCAAGGUACGUCGCCCCGAGAAGUACGGCUGGGAGCCACGGAGACUGCUAAGUCAGCUAGUGGAUAUCUAUUUGCAUCUCGACUCACCACAGUUCCACGCCGCACUUGCUGCGGACGAGCGUUCUUUCCGCAAGGAGUUAUUCGAAGAGGCAGCUGUGAGAUUAGCCAAGUCCUGCAUCAAAACGUCUACUGAGAUCGAAAGGUUUAAAACUUUGGCCGACAAUGCAUACCAGAUCGCUAUUUCAAACCAGCAAAAGAGCGAAGAAUUCGCAGACGCGCCUGAAGAGUUCAGAGAUCCACUUAUGGAUACUCUGAUGACAGAUCCAGUCUUCCUACCUUCGGGCAAGGUUAUGGAUAGAUCUGUGAUCUUGCGGCAUUUGUUGAAUAGCGCGACCGAUCCCUUCAACCGACAGCCUCUUAGUGAGGACCAACUACGUCCAGCUUCGGAACUAAAAGAGAGAAUAAUUCAAUGGCAACGCGAGAAGAGAUCUUCGUAG